AACAAUGUACCCGGUCGAUGCCGGGUGCCGCGCACAGUCUGCGCUUAGAUUUUUGGAGGGAGAUAGGCUGGUCUGGCGUUGACGCUGCCUACAUUGCAGAACUCGCCUGUGCUGGCCUCCUCUUCACCAACUGAAAUCAAACAGCAUCCAAAAUCUCAUUUUGCCUACAUGUCAGAACUCUUGCUGGCAUAAUCUUCAUUAACUGAAAUUGAACAGCACCCAAAAUUACAUGUAGGCUCGCCACGUAAUCGGCGCCUCAACGUCUCAGAUUUGAAAAUUCCAAGAAAACAGAGGUCUGUCUGACAGAGGGACAUCGAUAUGGACGAAUAUUCUACCAACCGAGGAAUCUGAGCUUCUGGCGCGUGCCACUGGCAGCAGAUUGACAUCACCAUUUCGACGUCGAUGGCAGAUAGAGGGCAAUUUGACACGAGACCUCUCUCGUUAUUGUUCGACCGAUGUGACCGAUGUGAAGCUCAGUCGGUGUUGAGUGUCAAUUACCGCAUGAUUACAGGAGAGCCUCUCUUCGGCCUUCCCUGACUGUACCUUUGAGAGGACAGUUAGGGAAAUUUGAUUCAUCUGACAACACGAGAUCUGACUGCAGCAAGUAUUCGACUUAACUGCGUCUUCAUCGUGAAAAAAAUUUGAGAUUAGAAUAGUGAAAGAAUGUCGUCGGUACAUUCGAUCAACUCGAAAAGGGAAUGGGGUUCCAUCGUAGUAGAGGAAAAUGAGGAUCGGAGUCCCCGAUCGAUUCCAGGUCAGUAAUCUUCUUCGUCGUCUCAAGGAGAUUCAUACGACAAAGACUGCGGGGUUGUUCGUUCUGGUGAUCACGUGUGGACGCAGGUCCGGCGUUAGACGAGAUCGCAUUAUGGUUUGGGUGUCGAGGCGUUCUUUCACAGCCCGCUGUUCUUGAUGGUGUGUACGCAGAGGAAAACCUUGAAUGACAUUGGACUAUCGGACAACCAGGACUUGCCAUGAGGCGGUCCCCUUGCCAGGGUUCGUACAACUUCGGGUCAUGUGGUUUGUCGAGGUCACGCUACAGAAGCCUGGAUGCUGCAGUACAACAUGAAUCGUUGUAGGAGGUAGGCGAUAGGCAACAACACGGAAUGAGCGGAUUUGAAAAUCAUAUUCCAAUGUCAUGAUUUUCCGCCGGCGAGAUCCGAAAUUGUAGGAACGGAAGAGAACUCGUGUGAUCUGAAGGGUUCGUGAGGCUUUGGAGUUGGGGUUUAAGCUUGCAAAAUUUCUGUGGAAAAGGGGAUGAUCAAACAGCAGACGGUUACGAGGUGUCGAAGUCAGAAAACAACAUUGCAAGCAAGAGCUCGAUGGGGGUGGGGACCCACGUCGCCAUGUGUAACUGCUCGAAAUUACGGCCACGGACAGCCGUGGAGGAUGGGAGGUAGCCCAAGCCCCGAGUCCUUUCUCCAGCCCAAGAAAGCAAGCGUUUGGCAGGCAGCUCGAAAAACACGGUGUCCGGACUCCAGGGCUAUGCGGGACAAGGGAGUGCCAGCCGAAAUGGAAUGCGGGGACAUGCGCACCCUGAGUGGCAUCAAGUAUCGCCGAUGCACUAGCGCCAGUGCAACACCACGAGGCCCUAGCGUCAUCAAGAAGCCCACUCCCCGUGCCAGGUCGAGUGGAACGGUGGGUAUUGGAGGUCUCGGGGGAGGAGCAGGAGCAGGAGGUGAAGUGCGCGGAACGAACAAACAUAUACCGUCGCCAUGGACUCCGCCCGCCGAUCUCCAUCCCAACCCUUACUUUCAUCAGAGUCCCAGGAUUAAAGUGGCAAGCCGGUUGACAAUGGCUUCACGCGACAAGGAGUCGCUGCUCGAUGAGAUCAUUCAGUUGAAGAAGGAGUUAAUCCAGCAGGGCGAGAAGUUGCGAAUGAAAAACGCUCGUAGCUCUGCCGUUGAGCAUCGCAAUCGGAAGCUGGAAAUGGAUGUAUGUGCGUUGGAAACCACACUGAAUGUUGAUGCCCCCAGGACUGGUAGCCCCCAUCGAUUAAGGGCCAAGCUUCAAAGCCUCCAAUUGACUGUUGAACAGCUUCAAGACACCUGCGACGCUCAGCGUGAGGAGUUGCAACGUCUACGUUGUGACAUCCGAGCCACGCGCACGCGAGAGGUGGAGGUUGAGAGAGAUGUCUUCGCCAAUGAGGUUAAAAGGCUUCAGAAAGCCAUCAAGCGAUUGCAGACAAUACAGAACAGAAUCAGCUGCGAAAAUCGUGAUCUUGGCCGGUUCAAGACCAAGUGUCAAAAAUUGGAAAUUGUCAAUCAGCGUCUUGAGAGUUGCAUCACGGCUAAAUCUAUCAAACCCCAGGCUCAACCUCAGAACUUCACUGGGCCCAUAAGGCACAACAUGGUCCACUUCGACCACUCCCACACUCCUCGUCGUGAUCGAUCACGACUUGGCAGCCGACAGGGCCCGAGGCCCACUACUUAAUGGAACUGACAACGCAAUGAGCUGCAUAUCCUGCGGUGUCUUCCUGUGCCUAGGUGCUGCAAGCGCACCAGCAGUGACAAUUGGAGAAGAAUUCUUCCGGGAUGCAGCACUUAAGAAAGUCCAAGAUUUCAGCUACCAUCUGAGGGACCCAAAUGGAUAUCUCAUCCGUUCAGGUUGACUAUGUGUAUAAGGCCCAGCGCCGUUGAUGAUAGAUCAACGUGGUGUGCAAGAAAGUACGUCUAAAGGCACCAGGAGGAAAGGAUGGGCUAGCAGGUACGAUGCAGUAAUCUGGAGCUUUUGACAUGAAGCGGUUGGUCAGGUCUAGGAUCACCACUAAAUGCUUUCAAAUCGAAAUCCGGGUCAGUGUGCUUUAAAUCAAUAGCAGCGGCAAGAUCCUGAUGUAUGCCACGACGAAUAAGAUGAUCUUCAACGAGUAUUGAGAUGAAGAUUUUUAUCCAGAAGCUAAACCGUAUAUGGAACUGGCUCAUUCCAAACAGAAAUAUUCCUGUUGGUAGUAAUUGCUACGUCUUCGAAUUCAGUAGCUUUUACCAAUAAUAACCAGCGCAUUGGAAAUGAAACAUUGAUGUUGCGGAUUACAUCAAUGUUUCAAUUCCGUGGAAUGACAAACUUUUGCACGGAAAUCCAUCUAUAACAACUGUCACAUUCUGUACAUCUAUGACAAGUGCGAAAAAUAUGAUACAUCAAAUAACGAAUCAUUUGGAAGUUAGAUACCUAAAUGAGGCAAUGAGAUAAUAAUUUGAUUGCACUUUCGGGAUGAUUCUCUAAAUGUGUAAAGAUAGUAAUAGAGAGAUGGAAGCGGAUGGAUUUGAGACAAAAUGUUCUUUAUCAAAGAUGAACAGUUGAAAAGUUUAGCAAGAAGAUUGUUCGCAGAGUAUGUUAUCAUAUUGUGUCAAUUUAGAAUGGUUUCUUACAAGACAUUUCGUUAAUAACAUUUUUUGGAAAAAAAUUAUCUUUUAUUUAUUUUCACGAAAUUAUGUUCUCAUGAUUGAAAAAAAUGUCAAUAUUGCAUG